UGUUCAAAUAACCUUUAUCUAUGAAAAAAUUGUUACAUCACACUGAGGAUUCUAAAUUCAAGUUUUCAGGUCACAUUAUCAGUUUCUACUGUACGUUUUCAUUUUACUUGCGUAAAUAGAAAACUUAAAAUGAGUGCCUGGAGGCAAGCUGGAUUAAAUUACAUAAACUACUCUAACAUUGCCGCUAAUAUACUGAGACGAUCUUUAAAACCGCAGCUCAAAACCGAAGCCAUGCGCCGUGAUGAGUCCCAUGUUAGAAUCACACCUUGGGCUAAUGGAAAGCCUGCGCAUGAAAAAGAUUAAAAUAGCAACAAUCUACAAAAUGCAGCACCUAAAUAGAAUGGAAAUCCCUAUAACAUAAUAAUAUUAUUUUAGUCUUAUUUAAUGAUGGCUUCAAAUGUAAUGCUGUACUGUUGAAUAAAUCUGUUCAAACUAAAGUUA